AUGUCGGACGACGACGAGGACCUGCCAGACGCGCUGCUGCGCAACUGCACGGCGCGGCUGCUACGCGCCCUGGGCGGCCGCCUCGGGAACCUCACCGGCGAGGCCUCCGUGGCGGCGCUGAACCGCAGCGAGCUGCUGGAAGCCCUGGGCGCCGUGGUGGACGAGCAGGACUCCUCCCUGGAGCCAGGCCAGAGGGCGCAGGCGCGCGAGCUGCUGGGCGGGUGUCUCUUCCCGCCCGCAGAGCGGCCCUACGACCUGCCCUGGUGGCAGCGGCUCGCCUGGGCCGCGCUCUUCUCGCUCAUGCUGCUGGUGGCCGCGGGGGGCAACACCAUCGUCAUGUGGAUAGUGCUGGCGCACCGGCGCAUGCGCACCGUCACCAACUACUUCCUGGUGAACCUGAGCGCAGCCGACCUGCUCAUGUCGCUGCUCAACUGCGCCUUCAACUUCGUGUUCAUGAUCAGCUCGGACUGGCAGUUCGGCGCCGCCUACUGCACCGUCAACAACUUCGUGUCGUACGCCACUGUGGCCGCCAGCGCCUUCACGCUGGUCGCCAUCUCCGUGGACAGGUACCGCGCCAUCGUGAGACCCCUGCACCACGGACUGACGCGCGGCCGAGCCAGGACGGCUCUGCUGGUCAUCUGGGUGGCUAGCGGCUCUCUGGCGGCGCCCUGCCUCGCCUACUCCAGCGUCAUGACGCGCAGGUACGCCGGCGGCCAGAGCAGGCGCGUGUGCUACAUGCUGUGGCCGGACGGCAUGUACCCCAAGUCGCUCACCGAGUACAUGUACAACAUCGUGUUCCUGGGGCUGACGUACCUGGUGCCCGUGUCGGUGAUGAGCGUGUGCUACUCGCUGAUGGCGAGGGAGCUGUGGGGCGGUCGAGCCGUGGGCGAGCUGACCCUGCGCCAGCAAGAGUCCAUCCGCUCCAAGAGGAAGGUGAUCCUCAUGUUCAUCGUGGUGGUGACCAUCUUCGCGGUAUGCUGGCUGCCCUACCACGGCUUCUUCAUCUACGCCUACCACAAUCAAGCCAUGACGCACACCAGCUACGUGCAGCACGUCUACCUCGCCUUCUACUGGCUCGCCAUGGCAAACGCCAUGGUGAACCCGCUCAUCUACUACUGGAUGAAUGCCAGGUUCCGGCUGUACUUCCAGAAGAUCAUGUGCGUGUGCCGCUGUGCAGCGCGUGCCAAGGCAGAGCUGCUGGAGCUGCCCGUCACGAGACACAGCCAGUCCGACACGGCGCGGUCCAGGCUCACACAAGAGCUCCAGAAGACUGCAGACCCAAGAACUACUGCUGCAGCACGUUGGCCCAAACGUGGCAGAGUGGACGGGGCACUCAUGACGGACACCUCGACGUCUGGCCCUGCGUCGUCCCUGUAUGAGUAG